GCAGCCAUGCCGUUCCCGGAAGGACGGGCUGGCACUGCUCUGGGAAAAGGAAGCUUCAGAGGCACUGCUCAGCCCGAGAGCUGGGAGGCAUUCCUGUCUGCCAGCAGCUUGGGGUGAGAAAGCUGCCAUGAGGACUUUUGAGGAACAGACAGCGUGUGUUGUGGAAGCCUUAUUUGAUGAUCUCCUAAAUGAAGAUGAAGCCGAUUUCCGAUGCCUGCAGACAGACUCAGGAGGGCCUGUGCAGUCUGAAGAAGAGCAACCAAGUGGUUUUGACCCGGUUAUUAUUGCCAGUCGCCUGCGGCAGAUCGGCGAUCAGUGCAACAUGGAUUUUGAAAGGGUUUCCUCACAGGCUCUUCAUGAAGUACUCAUGGGGAAGAUGGAGAAAUUUGGGGCUGCUGUGGAGUCUCUCUGCAAAAGGUGGAGUGACCAGAACCCUGAGCUGGUCUACGAGAGAGCUUUUCUCUCUAUUUCUGUGAAACUGAUGAUGUAUAUUCUUAAGAAAGGAGCUGCUAAUGUCAAUCCUGGUCACCUCAUAAAAGCGAUUAAUGAAAAUGCUCAAGUGAAAAACUACAUUGAGACCCGUGGAGGAUGGGAGAAGUUGGACAACUGAGAGAGGGCUACACCACCUUCCAGAAUGUGAAGCUAGGAUUUUCAUUGAUUUAACUGGGACAAUUGCUUUUAUGUUUCUUCGGGAGAUUGCUAGAAGAACCAUAAUGUGUAAAGAAAUUCUGUAUCACUACAAAUAAAAAGGAAUAAAUUUUCGCUGUUA